AUGACAGUGAAUGGCAAACAAAGAUUGGCUAUUAUAGGUGGCGGGCCGGGCGGGCUAGCCGCUGCAAGAGUCUUCUCACAAAGCCUCAGUAAUUUUGAAAUCGAAAUCUUCGUAAAGGAUCACGAUAUCGGCGGUGUUUGGCAUUACCCAGAACAAGAGAGAGAUACAAGGGUUAUGUACGAUCAUUUGGAGACCAACAUUUCCAAAGAGCUGAUGCAGUUUAGUGGGUUUCCCUUCGAAGCUAGUGUACCUCUCUAUCCUUCGAGGAUACACAUCUGGAAAUAUUUGAAGAAGUACUAUAAGACUUUCAUUGCCAGCCAGGCUUCCAUUACUGUUCACCUUAGUACCGAGGUUACUUAUCUGGAAAAGAAAGACUCUAAGUGGGAAAUAUCCUCCAAAAAUGAGCUAGGAACGACCACAUCGGAUUUCGAUUUCGUUAUCGUUGCCUCGGGUCAUUACAGCGUCCCGAGGUUCCCGUCUAACAUUACCGGUAUAGACCAAUGGUUCGACAACAAGAGCGCCGGCCAUUCUAAAGAUUUCAAAAACUGCGAGUUUGCCCGCGAUAAAAUAGUCAUUGUUGUGGGUAACGGGAGUUCUGGCCAGGAUAUUGCCAACCAAUUAACCACUGUUGCGAAGAAAGUCUACAACAGUAUAAGGAAACCUGCAAACAAUCAGCCGCAGUCUAAACUAAUCGAGACCGUCUCGACAAUAAAUGACGCUGAUUGGAAGAGUCAUUCAGUGACUCUCUCUGAUGGGCAAGUAAUCAGAAAUGUUGACUACGUAGUCUUCGCCACAGGCUACUAUUAUAAUUUCCCCUUCAUAGACCCCUCUAUCAGAUCGGAUGUGUUGGGAGAGGGCGUCACUGACGAUGCAUGCUCGUCCGUCAACCUGCGUGGCUUAUGGGAACACAUGGUCUACGUGAAGGACCCCACAUUAGCGUUUGCCCUGACCCCUCAGUUGGUCAUUCCCUUCCCCUUGGCAGAACUCCAAGCGGCCAUCACCGUCGAAGUCUUUUGCAAGACCUUAGCCAUCCCCGCAGAUUUUGACUCCACCGUCUGCGGGGCCCAUAACUUCCCCAAGGGCAAAGAUCUAGAACACUAUGCAGAGCUACAGCGACUUCUGGACUGUAUCCCACAUAGAGCUGGUCACUUUGACCCAGUCAAGUGGGACGGAAGACUCACCGACCUAAGAAACGCAAGCUACACAGACAAGGAAGAGAGAAACGUGCUUCUAACAGAACACGCGCAAAUCCUAAACAAACAAAAUCUGCCGUACUUUCUCCCAGCGCCACACAUUUAG